UAUGCAAGGCUUACUGACUUGCUGGCUACUUGCUGUCACUGUGCAGGGAACAUUAGUUUCCGCCCAAAAUGAAAGGAAGGAGCCUGGCCAAGUUAAACAAGACACCAAGAAGGAGCGGUCUUUCGAAAUGCGCGUCGUUGGUGGCAGGGCGAUAAGCAAUCCUGAGCUAGGGGGCUACAUUAUUGCAAUGCGCUACUUUGAUAUAUUUGCCUGCGGCGGCACACUGAUUCAUGACAGGAUCGUGCUAUCGGCAGCCCAUUGCUUCAUUAACCGGGAGGUAAACCAAUAUUGGGUCCUUAGUGGCGGCAUCUCUAGUCUAAACGAAACGGGAGAGGAGCGCAAAAUAAAGGAUGUGAUUACCUCGCCAAAUUUUAGCCAAGAAAACCUUGACUUUGACGUCGCAGUCAUUCUACUGGAUAAGCCUUUAGUGGGCAAAAAUAUUGCCAAACUUUCGCUGUGCACCACGGAGCUAAAGGUGGGCAUGCAGCUGGAUGUCUCCGGAUGGGGUCACACCAAAGAGGGCGCUUCGCUCGAAAAUAACCUACGAACCGUCACUGUGCCGUAUAUUGACAGGGACACAUGUCGCGAGAGCUACCGCUUUACAGAAGUCAAUAUAACAGACAACAUGAUCUGCGCUGGAGUUCUUGGGAGUAAGGAUGCCUGUCUUUUUGACUCGGGAGGUCCACUGGUUUACCAACAGGAGAUCUGCGGCAUAGUGUCCUUUGGCAUCGGAUGUGCCCGCAAAGACUAUCCCGGUGUCUACACAGAUGUCAAAUUCAUGAAGCCAUUUAUUGAGCAGAGCAUUCAAGAUUUGCUGUCGAGGCUAGAAUAAAAACAAAGAGUUAAGUCAC